AUGGUGGAAUCCGAGCCAAAGGUCCCCUCAAGCGCUGCCAUGCCUAAAGGGUAUGGGUUCCUACCCAAGGGGGACCCAUACCGCACCGGACUGUGUCGCCGGCUGACCCAGGCGGCUGGGAAGCAAGUGUACGUCGUUGUCGAUAAGAGACGGACAGCGGUCGGCAUCAGAGCGCCCAAAUACAUAAUCAACGAGGUGAACGAGAAAGACCGCGCGACGAGAGAGGAUCGCCGCGCGGCUGUACAGAAGCGAGAUGUUGCAACGCGGUCAGAUUUCGAGGUCGCAAUUCUACGUCUGUUUCCUAGAAUCCCUCCACACGAUCUGGAGAAAGUCCUGGACCGAGCGCUUAAGAAGCGCAGUGGGAGAGUUGGGCGGACGGGGAAGUUAACAAUCGAUUCUAAGGCUCGACUCGCGGUGAUGGCGCAUAUCAGGCAUAACCAUACAGAGUACGACAGUCUGCUCAAACAGAAGGGAAAAUCACGAGGAUCAGCAAGAGAUGAUAUUGCUCCCAAGCUUAAACAACUUUGUGGCGAAUGGAGGGAAGGCGCCCAGAGCGGUGCUGCUCACAUCAACGAGGCAUCUGUAUCGGCAGCACGAGGAUCACCGGGCCGAACCAAUCAAGAAAAUACGAGGAUUUCGCGUCGAGCUCGAAGGGUAGCCGCUACCAUUCUUGAUGGAAAGCAUUCAGAAAGACAAUACACUACAGAUGCGAAGAAAUGCACACACGACAACAACGGCCAAACCACUUCCAGAGAUCCUCCACGUGGCCAGAAAAAGAAACGGAAUAGGAAGAAAGAGACAGUGCCUUCGAAACCUGUGACGGGAACCAAAACAAGGCAGGAAACGAGGCAGACCCGAAAUACCAGUAAUCUCGACAAGGCUAAGCUUCUAGGUCCUGAUGCUCUGAUCAUUAUUUCUAGUGAUGAAAGUGAUCCGGAAGACCCCGAGGCUGAGACCGACCCAGGAGGAGAAUCCGAUAAUUCGUUUAUUGUGGGCGAUCAUUCCGACCAUUUCAUGGAUGAGGAUUGGGAAAUCGAUCUGGAUUCGGACUCGGACUCGGAUGAAGAGAUGGAAGAUAUCGAGCAAUAG